AUGUUUGAUUCAGCAGAUCAUCGAAAGUAUCAUCACACGUACAAACAUGUCAAAGGACGCUGUGUUGUGCAUUCCGGAAAACGUCGGCAUGGUGCCAUGGACAUUGAAAAGGGUGAGCGCGCCUCCCUUAUAAUGUGGACAAAGAGCCGAACUUUCCGCCGAACAGAGGCCUACAGAGAGAGAAAUCGAAAGGGCCUUACUUAUGGAGAUGCUGAUCGAGUUUGUUUGAGCUAUACCCAUGACCCUGACUACAAGAAUCUGAUGCCAAAGAAGCAGCAGUACCACAUGAAGCGCAGGGAAGAAGGCCAAAGUGGCAACGAAACACCUCUUCGAACCGAGAAGAAGUGGAUUGAAGUCUGUGCAGCCUCUGAGCUUCUCGAAGGUCAGUCAAAACUUCUCAAAUUGAAGGAGGAGAACGAGCAGAUCGCUGUGUUCAAAUACAAAGGAGAACUUUUUGCACUUGAAAAUCGAUGCGCGCAUAUGGGAGGCUCACUCUGUGACGGUGAGAUCGAGGACAUUGGAACCGAGCACUUGGGUAGCAGCGAUUCCAAAGCUUCGGAUGGUAUGGUGAUUUGUCCACGCCACUACAUGUGCUUCAACUUGAGAACUGGAGAAAAUGUGGAAGGUGAUUUCACCAUGAAACAGCAGGUGUACCCAGUUCGUUUGUCCCAAGACGGACAACGAAUCCAGGUGGAGGUUGAGAUUGAAGUCUCAGCAGAAACAAUGGAAUCAGUUGCCAUCGAAGAACACCCACUGGUUGAAGUGCAAAGAGCGCCUCUAUGGCUUUGUGGCAUUCCCAACAAGGUGUUUGCUACCUUGCCUUUUGCAUUGGGCCUUUGCUCCCUGAUGAUGGCGGCCAAUAUUAUCUUUGAUAACGUACUGAGCAAAUACCUGAAACUGAAAUUUUUAAGUUAA